AUGUCCUCAGUUCGCGCGGAGAUUUCCACUGGAACCAAGGACACGUUAGAGGCUCUCAUGGUCUUGUUGUCAACGCUUCAGCUCUCUUCCGCCGACUGUGCCAAUCUGGCCUCAAACCUUCUCUCUGAAAACCCUGAUGAAGGUGGUGCUUCACAUGCCAUAGAUUCACAGAAAUCUGCCACCAAAGGGUGCUUGCCCACCACCAAAGGGAGCUUGUCCACCACCGAAGGGAGCUCGCCCAUCGUCGCUACCACUGUGCUUACUGGGAUGAUCACUGUGGCAGUAGAUGCAGUGGACGGCUAUGCUGAAGUGGAUGCGGCUGUUGCUGCAGGUAGUAUUCUUAACGUGCACAUGGGCAUGUACUUUAAUGUCCCCAUGGACGAUAAACCUGGGGUGACCAUCUACUAUAUCACAAGGGGCCGAAAGAUUGGGGUGUUCUACGGGUGGAACAAUGUUGGUCCAUGGGUCCAGGGUGUCAGUCGCGCUCUCUUCACGAAGGUGGACUCCGUGGACGACGGGAUUGAUAUUGUCAAGUCCACGAUUGAGGCUGGUGUUGCUGCGAGGGUAUGA